UAUCGCGCGCGCGGCUUUUCUCUCUCGCAACGCCGCGACACAACGUAACGCAGCUCGCGGGAGACGCAAGAAAGGAAGGAAGAACGAGGAGACUCACGACCCACCACCGCAUUCGUUUGUACUCUCCUGCCCGCGUUCCGACCGUUCCGACAAUGCGUACGUACUCGCGGCGCGGCAGCGUCGAGGUCGCGCGGUGCGCGAGAGCGGCUUCCUCGCGGCGCGGGGGAUGACUUUGCUCCUCGUACUCGUCGCCUAACGGCGUGCGCGCGUUAUCUGUGUUUAUUAUCUCUCACGCGACGCUGCGCUUUCCCCGAAAGGUGCGCGACAACGGCCGACAACGAUCGCGGCAUCGCGAAGGUGAGAUCGGAGGAAGGCCGGUGAGAAGAGGAUCGAGCGGCUGACAGCGGAGACAGAAAAGAGAGAGAAAGAGAGAGCGCGGACGGACCGACCGAUAGAGCGAGCCCGUUAGCAGUGUGCGAGUAGUACGUGCGAGCGACGUGCGCGGCCGCCGUCGAUCGUCGGGCGGCCGCGAGUGUCGAGCGCCGAGCGCCAGUGUUCGUCCGUCGCCGUCGUCAGUGUGGUGCUUGGUGCUGGUGCGGUGCGGUGCGGCGCGGCUCGAGUGUCGACAGACCGCGAUUCCGGAGUCGUCAUCGUCGCCGUCUCUAACGACACAGCCGUCUCGCGGUGCCGACGAUCGCGCGCCCUCGGGACUCGGGACUCGGGACCAGAGCGACGUCGGGUCGGGGACCCGACUGACCCGAGAGCUCCAGAAGCAGGCGAGCCUCCGAGCGGAGCGCGAGAAUGGCGGGCAACGGCGUCCCGGUCCUCCUCAUCACCGCGAACGUCGGCAGCAUCUUCGAAGAGCCUAGUGUCAUGCUGAAGAUAUGGACGGAAGAGUUUUUAUCCACCAUAUCGAGGCUGGAUCCGAAAUUUAUAGCGCUGCACUGCCAAGAAGUAGGUGGAAAGAAUUACGAGCAGAGCAUGAGGCACGUGGAGGACUUUGUUAGAUUACUCAUGUCGUCGGAGGAGUUAAGGUUGUUUGACAAAAUUAGGGUAUUCCUUGACGAGGAUUAUUCAUCCGCUGAACAUUUCACAGCUCUAGGGAAUUUCUACUUCGUGCACGAGUCCUUAAGUGAUGUUUUAUUGUGGGAUUUUAAUGAGUGUACUUUUGUACCCGUAAGUGGAAAAGAAGUCCAUUCGGGCAACAUAGAAGCGGUUACUACCAAAGAGAAAGCUAAGUUUCCUCAAGAAUUCUUCCCAGAAUGCAAAUGGUCCAGAAAGGGUUUUCUGCGUACCCGAUGGAGUAUUAGUGGAACAGUUUUUGAUCUCAUAAACAUACAUUUAUUUCAUGACGCGAGCAAUUUUAUUGCUAUGGAGACGUUUCCAUCGGUAUACAGUAAAACGCGCAGAAGAGCACUCGAGCACACAUUAGAUAGAUUUCAUAAUGACAAGUAUCCGAAUGCGCCGUAUUUUUUAUUUGGUGACUUUAAUUUUAGGACAGAUACAGCAAGUGUAAUAAAGAAACUGACAGAAGAUACUCAAGAAAGGAAGUUAUCAAAUAAGGGAAAUAUUUCGAAAUUGCAAUUUCACAAUAGAGACGACGAUCUCAUAUUAACGUUAGGCAAAAAGGAAUUUUCUCACUACGAACAUCAGAAUGUUUUCAUGAAAAAUGGCGGUGAAUGGUUACGCGAGUAUGAUAAAGAACUAGGAGACUUUGAAGGAAGGUUGUUCGAGUUUCCGAUCAGCUUCGUACCAAGUUACCCGUUUCAAGAGGAUAUUAACGAGCCUGUAAAUUACAUGCAAACAAGAGUGCCAGCUUGGUGCGAUCGGGUUUUAUUGAGCCCCACUGCGAAAACGCUAGUCCAAGACAUUGAUGAUUCUGAGGCAGUGGAAUACGGUAUAAUCGGCUCGACUACGUGUAUGGGUGAUCACAAGCCAGUCUACUUGAAGGCUAAUCUCAUCUCGGACGCAGGUAUGAUAGGCUGCUGCUACUUGCCAAUUGCACCUGAGUUUUGCUUCCGAGUGCCCAACAGUUACCUGGAGUUGUUGUCCAUGUUGCCUGAUUGUAAUAGUUACGCUAACGCGCGCGUUAUUGACCGUUCGUCUAAUCUGUUGCACGCAAUACCUGUUAAGCAUGAUCCUUACACGCCAGAUAGUAUGGACAGUCCGAGUCCGAACGCGCUGACGGCCUCCGGAGAGGUCCCAGAUCCAUUUAUCGAUCACAUCGGCAGUGACAACGCGACGUCGAUACCGCGGUCAACUCAAACGUCGAACGCGUCGAGGCGACACAUUGACCGAGCCGUGUCGCCGGCUUUACUGAAGUCCAGAUUAGAACUGAUUGUGCAAAAUAAGAACGAGGAUUCGGAUCUGGAAGUAGUUUCGGAUAUCAAGAGGAGUCCCAGCGAGUGCCAUUUGCGUUCUUGGCCUGAUGCCGACGAUCAGCAGUGGUGCGUAAGGAAAAACAGAUGCAACAGCGACGUGUCGUGGCAACGUUCUCACGUUUUAACGGAGGCUUGGAUCCAGAGCAAGGGUCAGCAGGGCUACCAUUCCUUCAGUAAUUUUGCGAACCGAUCUUCCUCGAAUUCGAGUCCCCCGGACAUCGUCGACGGUUUACCGCCCGAUUUGAUCAUACCACGAAUAGCUAUAAUAAAUGCGAGUAACUUCGAGUCGAAUGCGAGCUCAGUGUACUUCCACGAUGACAGAUUGAGUAAUUAUUCGGAAAACAAAUUGAGCACAUACUCGGAUGGUCGGACGAAAACGCUGAGCGGCGAGGCUGUGAGUUCGGAAAAGUCGGAUGAGAUUUGCGACAAGACGGAUGAAGAAGAGGGCAACAGAUUGAGCCUGAGUACAGAUAGAAUAGUAAGAAAGGAGAGUAACGCAUAUUCGGAAGGCCACGAGUCGGUUUCGAGUAAAGACUUGUACUUCGAAGAGGAUAAUAAAAAAUUUAUUGAAGACGAAUGCGAUAUGUGCAAGGAGACGAAAUGUCAAAUAAUAGAAGCGCAAGCUCUCGUGAGAGACACAUUUUACGUGAAGGACGUUAUUCCCGAUAGGACGAAUGAUAAAUUGACCGUGGAACGGGACGUUCCGGAUGAAUCUUGUUUCAAAAAUGUACAGCGCACCGAAAUUCUGUUGGAAAAUCCACCGAGUUCUCAAGCAUUACGAAGAAGACGCGAUAAAACUGACACGAAUCCGAACAGAAUAAACGUGGAAAUCAACGAUACGCCGUACCAGAGGACUGACACAGAGAUAAAGCCUCAGACGUCCUCAAGUCCCCCUCAAUAUAUUGAGGGACAUCUUUUGGACCUCCUCAAGACGUCCUGGAUGUGUCGAGGUCCUCGAGAAUCACUUGAGAAUCACUUGUACUAUCUCAGAAAUCAAGAUUGCGACAGCCAUGUGAUAAAAGUAUGCCCAGAUAUACAAGCGGUAAGUCACGACGCAGAGAUUAUAAAUUGUGAGAGCAAGCCGUGCACCUCGAAAAACUCGACGAAAACCAAUUCGACGCAUAGCCAGGAUAAUAUCAAUAUUAGUGAUCACGCAGAAAACCUUAGAGUAAAAUUAAAAGCUUACAGAACUACUAAACGGUACAAGAUUAGAAAGAACAACAUUAGCGGGAAGCGGACUAGGUGUAGAAAGUGUUGUUGUGUAAUAUCCUGAGGAUUCGCUUUAGUCUGCACUUAGAGUUUGUGUAUUAUGUUCCUUGUUUAUUUAUCGUAUUGUUGUAUCCACGCUGAAUCGAGAGCAGAGAAAUAUCGACGGCUUCUCCUAUUGGAAAAUAUCGCGCGGAUAUGGCUCUUUGUCAAAGUGAGACUUCUCUGUUCUUGAUUUGUCUCGGAUGCAACAAUUGCCGUCGCCGUGAUAGCAAUUGGGGGGGGGGGGUACACCCUUUUUUUCUACUUACAUAAAGUAUUCCUUUCAUAAACUUUAUUUCCUUGUCUUCGUGCUGUUUUCUCGAUGUGCUAAGUAGUGAUCAAGUUAGCGUUAGUCAUCAUCGCUUGGUGUACGACUAUAAUUUAUUUUCACAUGGUGUAUAUAUUAUUGUUUUUGUUGACAAUGUGGCUAAUUAAUCGUGAAUCCAAUACGUUUCUUGAUUUGUAGAUUGUACGAAUGGUCAUUGAAGGAAUCGCAUAUCGCGAAAAAUAAGACAUUUUGUGUAUUUAUUGCCGUUGACGUUCUAAAGUGACCUAAGCGUGACGUGAAAAGAGAAGGAUACAAUUUUAGUUAUUAACGAUUUCUCGCUUACGCCUCGCGUUCGGUCGUGAAAUAUGAAUUUCGUACCCGACCUCGUGCAUGUCGCGUGAAACAUAUAUCGAUGUGAAACGAAGUUCUGCAUGUGCAUGGCACUCCAAAUGUUGAUGUUCUACGCAUAUUUCUUAGGAAAUACCCGAGUGAUAUACAAAACUGUUUCCUCCUGUUAUAGUCGUACAAUUUAUAACUAGUAUAACAACGUUACGUAAUGUCACAUUAUUUAGAGCGUGUGCAUAUGAAAGUAGUGAUAUAUAGUUACGUCGCUGUACAGUGUCAAACAAUACGUACAGACUGAUGAGAUCGUUACCAGUAUACGAGGCACUUUUGCGAGCAGUGCUACGUUAUCCUAUUAUGCUAUUUUUAAACAUAAAGUCCAUCGUGUGCCGAGAUCCUUGAUACGCAUUAAAAGGUACUCGUUUUCAAGGAAAUUAUUACCUCGCAGUGUUCUUGUCCUUGAUUAUUAUUAUAUGUCCUUACGUUGCAUACUAUAUGUAUAUAUAUAUAAUUGUUACGAAAUUUUAUCUUAGAUUUAUAGAUAACGUGUACAUACAUAUAUAUAUGAAAGAUUUUAUUUAUUAUGUAAUCAUAUCUAUCCUCUCGUAAUUGAAUAGUAUUGCCGUUGUAUCGUCUGUGCCGUUCUAAUGUUUCGCGUACGUAUCACUUUCGUUCCACGAUGUGACGAGAAAUAAUUCACGGUAAUAUCGCAAAACUCCCUUUUCUUUUCUUUCCAGUAAAUUUUCUUUCUAGUACGCGCGAACGUAUUAUCACUGUCAUACGUACUGCGCCCUUGCCAAGAACAGAUCUAUUCGCUGGAUUUUCUUUACGAGCGCGUGGACUAAGUGGACUCUACUGCCAAAGCUAAAUUCGUUGUUAGCCCGUUAAGCGAGAAGAUAUUAAUAUAUGUGACGGAGAUAUCGGUCGCGCGCGAGAGCGACAGUGACGGAGGUUGCUUCGUUCGUUUUUAUUAUUGUUACGUUGUCGCCGUAAUUGAUCGUCCGGGGAAAAGUUUCAGGAGAGCGUCAGCUACGAGCAUCCGGCAUUAUGUACGAACGAACGUGCCAUCGUAACAAGGUUUUAACUAACGGAUGAGAAGUCAUUAGACGCGUUGCGCGAGCUGGAACGGGCGUAAAGGGGAUCCCUCGAAAGUUUCCCCCGACUUGGGGGAAGUUUGAGCUUAACUUGUGAUGUUAGCGUGCAUUACUCCAUGUAUGUACCUCGGUUCGUCGGUGCUUCACCCUGCGAGUCUUCGUUGACGAAGAACACAUCGCCGAACAUAUAUCGCGAACGAAAUAGCAAAGUUUUUUUUUUGUAAGGAUGACACAUGAUAGGCAGUUCGAUAGAUCGGCAAUUUUGGUAUUUGAUUACAGUCGCGAUCUGUUUCGCUCGAAUUCUUGCCACGCGGGCGAGACAUGGAGUAAUGUCGUGACAAUUGUGACUUAACGUUAUACCUCUCCCCGUUCGCGCUGAAACGAUGCCGAGAGGCGGAUCUGCCCGUGGGAUUUGUGCAUACGACAAUUGUCCGAGGAUCCGUUAUCAAUCGUUUCCGAUUUGCCAUACUAGUUUUAAAACGACGAAUCUGCGGCCGACGGAAUCGAGCUCGGAGAUUCCGACGCUGUUGUACUGCAUUUUUGUUUUAUUUUCUACCGCGUAGAAUAGGCUGAUUAGGAUGUAUCGCGAAUUCCUUCCGUUCGAGUGUAAAUAGUUCGUCGACGAGACGAGCCUAUAUAUAUAAAAUAUUUGUGCCCUAUUUUAUAAAUAUAUAUAAAUUUAUUUUUCAUACACGUGAACGUGUGCUUUCUUUAUUUGUUUCCUUCAGCUCUUCAGUUUCUUCCUAAAUAAAAAUGCGAUCAAACCAUAAUUCUAAGUGUGACGUAGAGCCGUGCUGACCAUCUUGCGCUCACGGCAAUCGCGAAGAAAGAAAAUUGCGAGAAAAAACUCUGUUGGCGGCCUUCAAAAAUAUAACGAAUGACGCAACCUGCUCGUCCUUUUGUUUUUUUUUUCCGAUAUGUUCUUGUCAGAAAUACAUACGCGAGGUAGUCUGUACGGAAAAUGUCUCGAACGUCAAUGAUUCAGAAUCGCCACGAGCAAAAUGCGGCAAAAUACAUUUGUCAAUUAUAUUAUUUAUAGAUUUACUAUUAUAUAUUAUUUAUUAAUUCGUAGGAAAUACGGGCCAUUUGCGAAGUCUUGUCUCGAGAUUAAAUAAAGCGAAUUUCCGUUUAGAUUAGAGACCUGUAGAAAAACAUGCUAACGUGUGUCUUAUUGUGUGACGCGACCGCCUAUACGUAUACCUAUUGCUAUUGAAUGGCGAUUUUGCUGCACUUCCCUUUUAUAUCUCGGGGUUAUACUUAUCGAUUAUUGCUUCACACAGCGCGUGUGUAUAUUUUCAUUUAAUUUUCCGCUCCGCACGUUGCGCACUUCCAAUAACCGCUGGCAACCGCAAAUCUCAAUCGUGGAGCGCAGUACGGCAGAUCCGUGGAGAGGGAAAAAAAAUUUGAGAGUAUAAAUAAUAACAUACUAUUCUCUUACGUUGCACCCAGACCUUUCGACAUUUUCUCUCAGAAUGUGUCGUCACACUCACGUUUCACCACGUAAACGGUCGAUAACUUUUUACAAAAAUCCGUCCUAUUUAUACGUCUUUUUAAACUAUUCAGCAAUAUAAUCCUGCUUAUUCUUCAUCUUUCACGUAUUACUUGCUUACAUUUCUGUUGUUGUCGCAGUUAUAUCUUUCACGCUCUUUGAUAAUUUUCUCGUAAUGUAUAAUCGCAAUUUAUAAUGACAAAACGUCGCCGGUGUUGCGGCGGGUCGUGGCGCGAUUGUUCGAGAAAAGUGACACGGUAAGGAUCGUAACACAGGUGCGCUUUAUUUCUGCGAUCUGCGUUGCUGCGUCUCGAGUGCAGUGUCAUUAACCACCUAUCCUAACACAUUCGGUAUACGAGAAGCUCAGUGCGAAAUACAAAUACGAUACGCGUCUUUGAUGGACCGUCUUCGAUACAGGUUUCUCGCAUACCCGACCACUGUUCGUACACUUGGUGUUUUAAUCAUUGUUUGUUGCAUUGAGGGAGAUGUAUCUGUAUAGUUUCAAUAAUUUUUAUUGUUCUUUUGUGUAUCGUUCUUACGCGAAACGACAAUAAGAAUUAUCUUCAUGUGGCAUUAAAAUACGAGAUCUAAUUCCGGAAUAAUUUUAUUGUCUCUUUCGGCAAUAAA